AUGUCCAAAAAUUCAAGACCCCCCUUUCUCGCUGACCGGCCUUCAUUCGCGGAUAAUUUAUUGCAUCCGGGCCCACCGCAGCCCGGGCAGCCGUUCAAGUUUACGGUGGGCGAAUCCUGCGACAGGAUUAAGGAGGAGUUUGGUUUUCUUCAAGCGCAGUACCACAAUAUGAAAUUGGAGUGCGAAAAAUUAGCGACUGAGAAAAUUGAAAUUCAAAGACAUUAUGUGAUGACGGAAAUAUCUAAGAGACUGAAUGGAAUAAUUGCUCAAGUCCUGCCGUUUCUAUCCCAGGAACACCAACAACAGGUACUCACUGCCGUCGACAGAGCCAGGCAGGUUUCGAUGACUGAUCUCAACGCUAUUGUCGGGCAACAGAGGCCAGACAUACCCAGGCUGUUACAGCAGAUGCACGCCCAGCAACUACCGCCUGGAAGUGCGAUGGGGCCUCAUCCCGGACUACCUGGACUUCCUGGUUUAGGUCAACCUGGUGGACUUCAGGUCCCUACAUCCGCUUCCGCGGCGCUUCUUGGCCUUGGGCUUACGCCGGGUGUUGCUACGACGGCUAGUAGUAAUUCAGCUCAUUCACUUGCCAUACUUGGAAAACCAGAACAUCAUCGGGGCCAACCGGAUGAUCUCAAAAGCAACGGAGGGCUCAGUUCGACAGAGGAACGACACCGAAGCUCGAUAUCGCCAGGCGAUAAAUACAGCAGACCAAGAACACCCCAAGAUUCACAUCACGGACAUUCACAGAACCACCACGACCAUCCGCUGCAUAUAAAAAAAAUGAAAAAAGAACAGGAUAAGGAUAUUGGACAUAGUGACGGUGAAAAAAGUGACCAAGAUUUGGUAGUCGACGACGCGAGUGAAGAACCAACGAGCCCUGUAGUAAACGGAACCACGUCGCCGCGGGAAAACGGCCUCGAGAAGGUUUCCUCGAUGAAUUCAAACGCCCAAGUUAAAAAAGACAUUCCACCUCACUCUCCCAGGAGCGGAACGAGCAGCAACGCAAGCACGCCCUCCGCGAAGAAGAUGGAGGAGCGCGAAAAACCGACGACGCCGAUUUCAAAGCCAAUGACGCCGACCUCAGCCUCGGGGGGUGUAAAGGCCACGAGCUCGAGCAAGCUUCUCCAAGGACCACCACCCCAGGGAGUUUCUGGAGGUUACCCCUCGCAUUAUCCUCCGGGACCUCCUCCGCAUCAUCUCCCACCCGCGGGGCUCCAUCCUCAUGUAGACAUGAUGGGCUACAAUGGAUACGCCGCGCCACGGGGACCACCUUCGCUUCAGCAGCUCUACGAUCCUCAUAAUGCCAUCAGGGCACCCGCUGGUGCUGUUGGAGUUCAUGGAGGCAAACCCACCGGUCUUAAUCCAGUCUCCCAGCUGGACUGCCUCCAGCGCGACAACUACAUCAGGUCGGUCAAGCUCCUCCCCGACGGAAGAACGCUCAUCGUCGGAGGUGAGGCCAGCCAACUCAGUAUCUGGGACCUGGCGAGUCCCACACCGAGGAUAAAGGCCGAAUUGACGUCUGCUGCGCCAGCCUGCUACGCUCUCGCGAUAUCUCCAGACUCAAAGGUCUGCUUCAGCUGCUGCAGUGACGGAAACAUCGCCGUCUGGGAUCUCCAGAACCAGACACUCGUCAGGCAGUUCCAGGGACACACAGACGGCGCCUCCUGCAUAGACAUCUCCGCAGAUGGGUCGAAGCUCUGGACCGGCGGGCUUGACAACACCGUGAGGUCUUGGGACCUCAGAGAGGGCAGACAGCUCCAGCAGCACGACUUUACCUCCCAGAUAUUCUCACUGGGGUACUGCCCCACCGGAGAGUGGCUCGCGGUUGGAAUGGAGAACUCUAACGUCGAGGUCCUCCACGCGAACAAACCCGACAAGUACCAGCUUCAUCUCCACGAGUCUUGUGUUCUGUCACUUAGAUUCGCCUCUUGUGGGAAGUGGUUCGUCUCCACCGGCAAAGACAAUCUACUUAACGCUUGGCGUACGCCUUAUGGUGCCUCCAUAUUCCAGUCAAAGGAAUCAUCGUCAGUAUUGAGCUGUGACAUUUCUGCUGAUGACAAAUACAUCGUUACCGGUUCGGGUGACAAAAAAGCAACUGUAUAUGAAGUCAUGAUUAUUAUUUUAAAAGUUUUAAAUUUUAAUCGACGCGACAGUUACGUUUGCCUUUAUGUCAUUUUUGUUAUUGUUGUCGGCAGGAUGAUAGUGAAGCGUUCUGUGAAAAGUUUUACAAUUGUUGGAUUUUGUUUCUACGAUAAAUCUUUUUUUCAAAUUAUAUAUUGUUAA